AACAGUCAGUCAGUAGAUAGGGGAAGUAGGCAGGAGUAGGCAGGCAUUUUUUUAGACAGAAAUACUGACGCAAACAAAAAUACAUUCAGCUAAGUUGAAUUGUGAGCCUGUGAGAGCAUUUUGGUGAGAACCUUUCUCGCUUUAUGACUAUGGACAACAAGUCAGAUGUAAAAGCCAUAAUGGCUCGCUUCCAGGCCGGAAGUGCAUCCGUAGAAGGCAGUCCACCGGUUCGCCCGAAACCUCCAGUUCAGCCCACCUUAUCAUCAGGCUCAUCCGUGCAUGUUAAGAAGCCUCUUGAAUCUACCCUCUCUGGUGGAGCUACAACUACCUCAUCACCUAAACCAAACUUUUUAAAGAGCACAGUUAACACAGUCAAGAGCGCUCCAGACUUGCACGAUGCUCCGAAGACAAAGGCGUUCGUUGGCAGGUUUGAAAACACACAAGAGAAUAACAAAGCCAACUUCAAAGUUCCUUUUAAACCUAAACCACCAGACUCAACCCAGGACUCCGAACCGAAGGUUACAUUUCCGAAGGUAGCGCUACACAAGCCUUCCCCAAUCGGCAUGGCUAAUGAUUCAAAGGGCAUGAGUCCAAAGCCUCUGGCUACUACCGUUAAGCCACCCUGGGUCAGAGAACAAACAAAAGCAGAAGACAAUAGUAGUAGCCCUAAUCCUGCCGCUCCAAAAAUGAAACCAAAAAGCACCAUGGCUCUGAUACAGCAACAGCACAAGGAGAGCACCAAUGCAGAGCCUGCUGAAAAAUCUACUUCAGUAUCUAAUGUGAAACCCUCAAGCUUCUGUGUUAAAAAUAGCUUCAAUAAACCUGAGGAAAUUGUAAAAGAGGGUGUUAAGGCAUCAAGCUCGCAAGAGUCAGUCCCAAAGCCAGUGACUUUACAAAAACCAACCUUUCCAAAAAAAACUGCAGGACCCCCUGCACAGAGCAGGAGUGAUGACCCUUCGGCUCCAAAGAAGAAACCUUUACUCAAUAGUUUUGCACUGGGCAAUGCCCCUGCUAAACCCAACAGACCACCCAAAGUCAAUCUUGAGCAAUUCAAGAAGGGAACAGAGACUGCAACUGAAUCUCCUGCCCCAAAAAAUGUAACACCCCCUCCCCCACCAGCCUCUCACCCCAGUAACCAAGUGGCUCCGCCAUUGCCCUCUCAACCCUACCCUCCCAUCCUGCCCCCACGACCUACAGUAAUUCAAGAUGAAAAUUAUGAUGAUGUGGACUGUGUGAGAGGCGGAAAGAAUAAUGAUGGAAGCGGAAGUGAUGGUGAGAUAUAUGAGGAUCUUGAUGACACUUGGUCUGCUGCAGAGUCAAGUCAAGCUCAGAAGAAGCAAGACAAAGCGCAAGACCUAAAAAAUCAGAAAGAACGCGAAAAGAAAGAAAAAGAAGCUAUUAAAAAGUUUAAGCUCACACCCCCUUUGAAGGUUAUUCACCAGGUCAAAGCUAAAGCAGACUGCAGGGGUGGGAAAAAUGACCUCUCCGUAAAAAAGGGUGAAUCCAUUGAUAUCAUUCGAAUCAAUGACAACCCAGAAGGCAAAUGGGUUGGAAGGGGUCAAGAUGGAUCUUUUGGUUUUGUCAAAACGGAAAUGGUGGAGAUCAACUUUAGCGUGUUGAAGAAUCAAGGGUUGUCUAUUCCAAUAACUGAAGAGCUGUAUGAUGAUGUGGGCUCUCAGGAUGAUCACGGCAACACGAAUGGUCAGCGGGUUGUUUUACCCCCACCACCAGAUGAUGUGUAUGACGACAUAACAGACCCCAAUCUUAAUCCAAUCAGCACAGCGGAUAACAAGUUUUCCUCAAACCCACGCAACUUCUUGGAGAUGCUCAAAAUCUCAGUUGACCGGAGAAAAAGCCAACUCCGCAAUGAGUCAUUUUUGCAUUCCAUUCCACCUCCUGCACAGUUUACACCUGAAGGAAACAAAGACAAUUCUCCGGAUGGUGAAAUUUAUGAUGAUGUUGAUCAUCCCUGCGCCGUCCCUCCCCCUCCACCAGCUAUCAGCUUCCCCCAAACUAAAUCCAAAACCAAAUUGCACGAUGAUCCAAAAAAGCAAAAGAAGUUUGAGAAAGAAGAAAAGGAUUUUCGAAAAAAGUUUAAGUAUGAUGGUGAGAUUCAUGUGCUUCACCAAGUAACAGUUGCGAGCGGUAAGAAGGGAAGUGGGAAAGACCUGCCCGUGCAGGCUGGGGAGAUUUUGGAUGUCAUCAGCAAAUCUGACCCAGACAAAUUCAUCUGUAGGAACAAGGAAGGCAAAUUUGGCUAUGUCGCACUGAGCAACAUCCAACAAGAUGAGGAAGUCUAUGAUGACAUUGGAGAUGACUGCAUCUAUGAUAAUGACUGAAGAUCUUCAAAGCACCUCAUCUGAACUUCAUCUGAGCAGCUCCCUAUGUCUGGUCCUAUAUUUGUUUUCUUAAUAGCUGACAUUAUGUGCUUUCAUGAUAUCAUGCCUGUCGAAAUUGGUACCUUAAUGUGGAAAUAAAUAAAGGUUAAUUUCUAAAUUAGGUAGGGCCACUUUAUUAAGUUUUCAUAUUCAUGUUUUCCUGUACUGGUUUCAAGAAAAAUAAGCUGCAACUAAUGCAAACCCAUGCAAAUGUAUAUCAUUCAUUUGAUUCUAUAACUGAGUGAAAAGCAGUAUUGUGUAACCAGUCAUCUAUGUCAUUUCAUUUUUAUGUAAAUAUUAAAUAGAAAAAAGAUU